AUGAAAUACCUGCUCGCGGUCGUGGUGGCCCUGUUCUCUCAAACCCACGGGACGUUCUUGAAACACACGGAGAAAACAGCGAACUGCGCUGUCUGCGCGAACCAGAACCUGAAUGAUCAGCAGCAGUUCAAGCGUUGCAACUAUUGGGGUGAUCCGCACUACACGGCAACUUGGGGCCCUCGCCAACGCUUCGACUAUCAAGGCAAGGGCCUUCAUAGCGUGGUGGACAACACUGAGUGUGGGGGCUUCAAAGUGCAAGCAUUUCAUUGCCAGUACAAGUCAUCGCAAAACACCGUGACCAUUGGCCUCGCCUUCAGUUGGACCGAAGAAUCGGGAACGACGGUCAGGGUCUUCAUGAACAGCAACGGGAUCUCUGUGCAGGAGAACGGCAUCGACCUGGCCCCAGGUACCGUGAAGCCCUACGUGUCCGUUCCGAACGGCCCUGUGACCUCGGCCCAGUGGAAGAGUGGCGUGAGUGUCCAGACAGGUAAUGAAUGCAACUAUGCGCUCGUCACUUUGAAGACCAUCAGCGGGAAGCCGGGAUACAUCAUGAGUGUCAACCUCCGGGCACACGAUGAGGUCGAUGCGGCUCAAGGAAUCUGUGGCACGGAUGAUUUGGGAAGUACCUACAUCGGC